AUGGAGCAAAUGGAGAGGCGUUUCCAACGCAUGCUAGAACCCAUUCAAGAUGAGUUGCUGCAACUCCGAGCGUCUGGAACACCAAAAACCUCUAAGUCCUUGCGAAGGCGAAGGGGCGUGGAGGAGUCGUCCGAUGGUUCCAAUAAUGAUGAUGAUGAUGAGGAACCUCGAAUUCGACCAAGGCAAAGGAACCAGACUGGACCUACCGAUGUAUUCAAGGGAAUCAAGAUGCAAAUCCCUGAGUUCAAAGGACGGUCCGAUCCCGAGACCUUUCUCGAAUGGUUAUCCAAGAUCGAAAUGGUCUUUUCUUGCCAAAACUACACCGAGGUGCAAAAGGUGCAAUUGGCCACCAUGGAAUUCACUGAGUACGCUGUGGUUUGGUGGGACCAAAUCAAGAAGUCUAGAAGGAGAAAUGGGCUACCUGAGCUUAUUCCAUGGCCCGAGCUUCGAGCCAUGAUGCGCACCCGCUUUGUACCUGGACAUUACACUAGGGAUUUAUACCACCGGUUACAAACCUUAGUCCAGGGCAACCGGAGUGUGGAUGAGUACCACAAGGAGAUGGAGAUCCUGAUGCUUAGAGCGGAUGUACAGGAGGAUCCUGAAGCCACCAUGGCGAGAUUCUUGAGCGGGUUACGACCCGAUAUUGCUGAACGAGUGGAACUUCAACAUUAUAUGGAGUUGCAUGAGCUCGUAGACAAGGCUAUUAAGGUCGAGCAAAGGCUCAAGCGAAGGGGUACCACUCGAUCGAAUUUCGGCAAUACCACCUACUCUACCAACCGCCCAUUCCAACCCAGGAAUGAUUCUCGGCCUUCACCAAAUGCUCCUACACCAAAGCCGAGAUUCGAGGGAGGUAGAGGCCAUAUUGCUAGUCAAUGUCCCAAUCAAAGGACUAUGAUUAUGAUGCAAAAUGGUGAGAUCGUGAGUGAGGACGAAGCCGAGUACGAAGGCAUACUACCUCUUGACGGAGGUAGUGAUGGGGAAUCAUCAAAUGAAGAGGAGUUUAGUGCACCCGAGGGUCAUUUUGGGACUGCAUUGGUUGCAAGGAGAGCAUUAACUGCACGUGUUAAGGAGGACGAGCUUCAACGGGAGAACAUCUUCUACACCAGGUGCUUCGUCAACCAAGCACUUUGUAGUGUGAUUAUUGAUAGUGGGAGCUGCACAAAUGUAGCUAGUUCACUCAUGGUGGACAACUUGAAGUUGCCUACAAGGGAUCACCCGCGACCCUACAAACUCCAAUGGCUCAACAACUCUGGGGAGGUUCGAGUAACCAAGCAGGUUCUUAUAUCCUUCCAAAUCCAUAAAUAUUCUGAUGAAGUAUUAUGUGAUGUAGUUCCUAUGCAGGCUAGUCACAUUAUACUAGGUAGGCCUUGGCAGUUUGACAGACAGGUGACUUUUGAUGGUGUGACUAAUAAGUAUAGCUUCUUGUACAACAGUAAGAAAGUCACACUAGCUCCCCUUUCCCCCAAACAAGUGCAUGAGGACCAAUUGAAAUUGCAACAAGAGUUUGAGAAGUAUAGUGCAAAAAGAAAAGAACAUGAGAGAGCCGAGGCAAAAACAGAGAGAAAAAAGGCUAUAGAUAGCUCGGCAAGUGAGGUAAAAAUUGAGGGAAAACAAAUGCUCCUGAUAAAAGCCAAGAAAGUGAGGAAGUUAAUGAGAGAUGAGCAGCCACUUCUUAUGCUUGUUAGCAAAGAAGUAGCUCUGAAUGUGCAUGAACUUGAUACUAACAUACCUCUUGAGGUUAAGUCUCUGUUGCAGGAAUAUGCUGAUAUCUUCCCCGAGGACGUGCCAAGUGGAUUACCACCGCUUAGAGGCAUUGAGCACCAAAUAGACUUCGUCCCUGGAGCUUCGUUGCCAAAUCGGCCAGCUUACAAGAGCAACCCGGAGGAAACUAAGGAGUUACAAAGGCAAGUGGACGACUUGCUUGGCAAAGGAUGGGCACGUGAGAGCUUAAGCCCGUGCGCUGUCCCAGUCAUUUUGGUGCCCAAGAAAGAUGGUACGUGGAGAAUGUGCACUGAUUGUAGGGCCGUAAAUGCCAUCACGGUAAAGUAUCGCCACCCUAUACCUCGCUUAGAUGACAUGCUUGAUGAGUUACAUGGGGCUGUGUUCUUUACCAAAAUUGAUCUCAAAAGUGGGUACCAUCAAAUUAGGAUUAAGGAGGGGGAUGAAUGGAAAACUGCCUUUAAAACUAAGUAUGGAUUGUAUGAGUGGUUAGUGAUGCCUUUUGGGCUCACUAAUGCACCUAGCACCUUCAUGAGGUUAAUGAACCAUGUUCUGCGUCCAUUCUUAGGAAAAUUCGUGGUAGUUUACUUUGAUGAUAUCCUAAUUUAUAGCAAAUCUUAUGAUGAACACCUCGAGCAUAUUAGGGCUGUUAUGGAUGUACUUCGAAGAGAGCAGCUCUAUGCCAAUCUCAAGAAGUGUAAUUUUUGCACUAAUGAGCUUAUGUUUCUAGGGUUUGUUAUAAGUGCGCAGGGAAUGAAGGUGGAUGAUCAAAAGGUGAAAGCUAUUCAAGAGUGGCCAACACCAAGGUCUGUGGGUGAUGUUCGAAGCUUCCAUGGCCUUGCGGGUUUCUAUAGGAGAUUCGUGAGGGACUUUAGCACUAUUGCUGCACCCUUGACCGAGUUGAUUAAGAAGAAUGAGAACUUCCAUUGGGGAGAUUCUCAAGAACAAGCCUUUCGCGCUUUAAAGCACAAACUCACACAUGCACCUGUACUUGCUUUACCUGACUUUUCUAAGACAUUUGAGAUUGAUUGUGAUGCUUCAGGUAUUGGAGUUGGAGCUGUGUUGAAUCAAGGAGGAAGACCUAUUGCCUACUUUAGUGAGAAACUCAAUGGGGCUGCACUGAACUACUCAACUUAUGAUAAAGAGUUGUACGCCCUCAUUCGAGCACUACAAGUUUGGCAGCACUACUUAAGGCCUAAGGAAUUCGUGAUACACACUGAUCAUGAGUCCCUUAAAUACCUUAAGGCCCAGCACACCUUGAGCAAAAAGCAUGCAAGGUGGAUCGCAUUCGUGGAGUCCUUUCCGUACGUAAUUAAAUAUAAGGCUGGUAAGUCUAAUGUGGUUGCGGAUGCACUCUCACGAAGGUACUCUCUACUCACUUCCUUAGAUGCUAAGUUGUUAGGGUUUGAGCUGAUUAAAGACAUCUAUGCCCAAGAUAGUGAUUUCGGUGAACUUUACCUUUCUUGCAAACACACUGGGCAAGGAGCACUUCUAUUAGCCGCACAUGAGGAGAGAUGUUGCACGGGUGGUGGAGCGAUGCUUAGCUUGACCAUUGUCUCAGACAGAGAUGUCAAAUUUCUGAGCUAUUUUUGGAAGACACUCUGGUCUAAGUUAGGCACCAAAUUGCUAUUCUCUACUGCCAGCCACCCCCAAACUGAUGGUCAAACUGAGGUGGUAAAUCGUACAUUAGGUACCUUGUUGCGUGCCAUCAUAAAAAAGAACUUGAAAUCAUGGGAAGAAUGUUUACCUCAUGUUGAGUUUGCUUAUAAUAGGGUUAUCCAUUCUACUACUGGUUUCUCUCCAUUUGAAUGUGCUUAUGGUUUUAAUCCACUAACACCACUUGAUCUAGUGCCAUUACCUAGUAAUGAGCGCGCACACUUGGAUGGUAAGAAACGUGCAGAGUUUGUUAAGCAACUGCAUGAGAAAGUCAGGGCUAACAUUGAGAGGAGAACUGCUCAAUAUGUCAAGAAAGCUAACAAAGGUCGCCAAAAGUUGAUUUUUGAGCCUGGCGAUUGGGUGUGGUUGCACAUGCGCAAAGAACGCUUUCCUGUUCAAAGGAGGAACAAAUUACAACCACGGGGUGAUGGACCUUUUCAAGUGUUGGAGCGCAUCAAUGACAACGCCUACAAACUUGACCUUCCUGGUGAGUAUGGAGUUAGUGCUACAUUUAAUGUCUCUGACUUAGCUCCUUUUGAUGCAGAUGAUGCGUUUGAUUUGAGGGCAAAUCCUUCUCAAGAGGAGGGGAAUGAUAGCAUCAUGGUACGUGGGCAGGCCAACAAUGGCUCGGGUAAUCGAGGAGCUGAGGAUCACGUGCUCGCCCCAAGUGGACCCAUUACUCGGGCUCGCGCAAAGAAACUUCGUGAGCAACUCAAUGUACUUAUUCAGGCCAUACACAAGUCCUUUGAAGGAUUCAUGCAUUCAAGUGAAGGUGGUCGCGGUCCGAUAAUGAGCAUUGAAGCUACACUUCCGUUUUAG